AUGGAUGGUUAUCCAUCAAGCGAUCCAGAUUGGGGCAGAAACUUUGUCGACAAGCCAGAGGCCAGUGUAAUUGCUGAGGCCAAGUUAGAUCGAGAACUUCUCUCAACAGAUCCUGUUCCUCAUUCCUCGACCCCACAUUUUGAGCAAGAACUCGCUUGGGAGGUCGAUCAUGCCAGUUUAAGACAGUACCGGCUUCAGCGCACCUCUAUAAAACUGCAAAUUUUCGCUAUCAACUACAACGCUUCUCCAUGUUCAAGGAACCUCCUCGGAUACAUCAUUCUGGACGUGCGUUCAGCUACCGAACGCAAAACCUUCAAGUGGUUUCAGGUGCUCAAUUCAAAGCUGAGACCAUGCCCGGAGGUCUACUGUGGCCUUUAUAUUGAUCCAUGCAGUUCAAGUAGUCUUGUAGCGUCUGGUGAUCUAAACGCAACGCCAUUGGAAGUGGAGCGUUUCGUGGAGAACCUCGGCAAUCAAUUGGUUGAUGGUUUUGAGAUCAGAGUUGGUAAUGUUAAUUCGCCGGUCAUUUUGCGAUUCAACGUGAAUAACCAUGAUGUUCAGCGCCACAUUAACGGAUCACAUUCUCAAGUUAAAGCAGGUCCCAAAACGAAUGGCGGAGGUUCGCCGGCUCAAGCACUCAAUAUGGACACCACAUUAGUUCAAAUGCAAACAAAUCAGAGAUCGGCAUCUGAGACAUUGCCUUCGCAACAGCCAAUCACUUUGAGAACAACAGCGCCUCAAAUUCCCACCAACUACAUGAAUGAGAGUGUGCAGCUGCGUCGGUUCUGCUACACCAUAGAGUUAAAGACUAUAAGAGCCUGUUGCGAACCGUCUCCCUCAAAGGAGACCUAUGUCUACGCCAAGUACGUUUACCCCCUAUUCGGAACCACAAAUCCUAUAAUGACGCUCCCACCUGUGCAGUUUUCUGCGAACGAGGAAAAACACUUCUUUCAGGGUUACUGUGCUUUCGAGCUGGCCGCUGAUUUUUCGGAGGAGCCACUGAACGUGGAGAUUUUAGGUCGAUGUUCCGAUGGUUCUAAUGGUCUCGAGUCCUCCCUUGGGUGGGCUGUCAUCCCUCUUGGCGAAAUCUUCCCGGAACCCGUCAUCGAAAUGUCAAAUAGUCAACGUAGAUUCAUGACGGGAGUAGCAGAUGUCAAGUUGAAUGGGAAACCAAUGGCUCAGAUAAAGUAUUCCCUCAUCCUGGAUGAUUUUGGUGUGUAUAACUCUUCGACGACAGCCGAAAUUACUUCUCUCAACCAAAUUGAGGGACUGAACAUUGAUGGCUUGAAAGAGGUUCCAGAUAGCACUCCAAAGCUACCUACUGAUAUUCGUCAAACCUCGGAGUACCGAGCAGCUCUUGAGCUGGAACUCUGGAAAGCGAAGGAGGAGGAGCGCUUUAAAAAUAAUUUGAAACUUCGGGAACAGAAGAUGUUGAUGGUAUUUGCAGAGGAAUGGAAACGGCGGGAGAUUGAAAGGGAGUCUUUAUGCAAGAAGAAGAUGCAGGAAUACCAAAUGCUAGAGGAUAAACUGCGAGCAGCGCUGGAGGCUCUAAUGGAACGAGAAAGGCAGUUGACUCUCAAGGAAGCGGCUCUCAACGCGGCAGAGCGAGAUCUUGAAAGGAAUCUCGAAAUUCGCGAAAAAGAUCUGCUAAAUGAUGUUCAGCGAAAAAUUCGCGAUGCUGAACAGGCCAUCAGUAGUGAACAACAGCGAAAUUUUCAUCUCAAUAACGAGCUGGCCGUCCUACGGGAAAAGUGUAAAGGUCUUGAGCAACAACUGAUUGAACAUCAUCUCAAAGCCACCACUACCUCCACCACUGGCGUAACCGCAGACACAAAAGACGGGUUGGAUCAGGCAAAGCGUGACGAAGAGGAGAUUCGUCGCCUCCAAUUUGAGUUGGUCCGUCUGACCACGGAGUUGACAAACGCCCAGAGCCAAAUUUCUACCAUGGAGCGACGUUUGGACGGCGCGUUGCGCGGACGGGCUCGCUAUAAGGAUCUAUGGACGCGGGCACUGCAGGAGGUGACGCGGCUAAGACAGGAGGCUGCCAACGCCACCAAACAGGAGCUUCAACGACGCGAAGCCGAGGUGGAGGGUCUGCGAAGGGAGCAGUGUCUGCUUUUGCGUGCCGGGGACACACGAGCUUGUCUCCAUCACGACACACCGGCCCAGCAGAAUCCAGCAGACCCACAGAGUUUGGGGGAAGCCGCAUCAGGCAAUCAGGAGGAGGUCCCCCUACCAUUUUCGGUCGCCCUCCAAAAAGUCAACGACCCUGCCCUUGACGCCCAGUUGAGGCGCUUGAGGGAUGAACGGGAGUGUCUCCUAACCUCCGGCGUCUACUACGAAGAUGACGUGCUGAUUGUCGAUCUUGACAGGGAGAUCAAACGGCUCCAAACUCUUAUUAGCAAUCCUGUCUGA